AGUGUGAUGUUAGUGUCAUAAGAAACCGGUAAAGUGCACAUAUUUUGCGAGAAAAAUAAAGUAUUUGCUGAAAAGAAAGUUUUCCAAUUUUCCAUUUAAUAUGGACGCGGUUGCACGUGCACGGGUUCUUAUUGAAAUGUUUGAGUCUCGUGCAAACUCAUCGGGUAGAGAGGGCGUGGCGAACGAGUCGACCGACGAGCCUGAUGAUAUUUUAGUUAACGAAGGCGAGCCUGCAGCUGCCACCUCAAGCCCGGCAGCGGAGCUCGAGGCUCUGAUCGAGCGCCUGGAGCGCGUCACCUCGCGCUUGGAGCGGCUGCCACACUUGCGCGCGCGCACCCCCACCCCCCCGCGCUCGCCCGCGCCUUCCCUCGCGUCCACGCCGCCGCCGCCGCUACCGGAGCCAGAACCAGAGGCGAUUGUUGACGCCAUGAGUGUCAACGGGUACCAGGAUAUAGUGCAGGGGCCACUCCGCACGUACAUCGAGCUGUCCCAGCAGAUCGGCGGGGAUGUUGCCACGCACGCCAACUUGGUCAACUCUGCCUUCCAGGCACAGUUACGUUACAUCCAGCAGGCAGCCUCUAGGGGCAAGCCGUCGCAAGCCGAAGAGAUGCAGCUGCUAGCUCCGACGAGCGAUCAGAUCUCUGCUAUCCAACAAUUCCGCGAGAAAAACCGCGCGUCCCAGUUUUUCAACCAUCUCUCCGCUAUAUCUGAGAGCAUUCCGGCGCUCGGGUGGGUGGCGAUAGCGCCCACCCCCGCGCCCUACGUGAAAGAGAUGAACGAUGCCGGCCAGUUCUACACCAACCGCGUGCUGAAGGAGUGGAAAGAGAAGGACAAGAGGCACGUGGAGUGGUGCCGCACCUGGGUGCAGCUGCUGUCCGAUCUCCAGGCCUACGUGAAACAGUACCACACCACCGGACUCGUAUGGUCUGGCAAAGGUGGGGCGCCCCCUCCGCCCCCGCCCGGCGGCAUGCCCCCGCCGCCGCCCGUGCUGCCCGAAGCUGACUUCUCCAACAUGACCGUGGAUGACCGCAGCGCGCUCUUCGCCGAGAUCAACCAGGGCGAGAACAUCACUAGCAGCCUGCGUAAAGUGACUGCCGACAUGCAAACCCAUAAGAACCCGCAGCUACGCCAGGGCCCGGCGCCCUUCAAGGCGGCGCCCCGCUCGGCGCCCGGCAAGCCCAUCCCGCAGCCCGGCGCCGGCACGCUGCCCGACAAGCCGCCCGUGUUCACGCGCGACGGCAAGAAGUGGCUCAUCGAAUACCAGAAAGGCAACCCCAACCUGGUGGUCGAGAACGCCGAUAUGAACAAUGUGGUAUACAUGUUCCGCUGCCGCGACUCGGCGCUGACGGUGCGCGGCAAGAUCAACGGCGUGGUCCUGGACUCGUGCACCAAGUGCGCGGUGGUGUUCGACAACCUGGUCUCCAGCAUCGAGUUCGUUAACUGCCAGUCUGUGCAGAUGCAGGUGUUGGGCAAAGUGCCCACGGUGUCCGUCGACAAGACGGACGGCUGCCAGAUCUACCUGUCGCCGGAGUCGCUCAACGUGGAGAUCGUCAGCUCCAAGUCCUCCGAGAUGAACGUGCUGGUACCACAGAGCAACGGCGAUUACAACGAGCACCCGAUCCCGGAACAAUUCAAAACGGUCCUGUCGGGCAACGGCCUCACCACCACCCCCGUGGAGAACAAGGGCUAAGCUCCCUCGCAGUCGGAACCGUGCCCGGGAACACCUUUUGCUUAUAGAUUAAUAUGUUUUAGCUUCGCAGACACCGGCUAUUCGUCUUUGUUUCUGAAACCUGUCUAUCCCAAAACAUAGACGGACAGCACUUGUCUCGAGCAGGCAAUACGAUCACGAACACCACGCAAAAAAUACGCUAAUAAUAUCCAUAACUCAAGCAUAAGUCAAACACAUGUGCAACUGUGUCGAAAACAUAGUCCGUGCUAGAUUGCGUGGAAUUUGCGAGCGUAUUGUGAUAGUAAUAAAUUCGAAACGAGGCGAGUCUCUCUUAAAUUAAUGAUAAUGAAAAUAUAUUUUGCACGGUCUAGUUCAAUAUUAGUUCACUUGCUGCGAUUCGCCUCGAGUAUCUAACGUUAAGCACAAAUUAUCAUUCGAUAACGGUAAGCAGUCAGUUCUCGGGUUCUCAUUAAUCGUUUUCAUCGUCAUCUCGAGUUCUGUCUUUAUUUCCUGCUCAUUUCGCUCGAUCGUAGGUAUUUAAAAAUAUAAUUCUAAUAUGACGUAGAUAUAACUACUAUAACUCAAGUAUUUACUGGCCUUUAAUGAUACUGUAUUGUAAAGAUGUUCCUUACAUUCACGUUUUUGAGAUUUUACUUUUGACAUUAUGCAGAAAUGAUAACGAUAGCUUGGAGUACCACAUGGUACGGGUUAGUUAAGUUAGAUGUAAGGCGUGUGAUUGUCUCGAUUUCGGAAAAUGAAUAUUUUUGCUUUCUCAACGCUCGCAUCACUUAGCCUGAUGCGACAGCUUCUCUCCCUAUCUCUUUCUGUACUCGCUGAGUAACUAAACAUUUCGUGCAACCUCAUGUCUAAAUAAUUAUUUAAGAAUAACAUUAUUUUUUUAUUUCUUUUAAAUAUCAUAAUUCAAUUGAAGUAUUAAUUAGUCAACGAUGUGAAUUAGUGUAAUUUGUAUUCCGUAAAUUAUGUUGUUUGUGACGUCUCUAAAUAAGCAUUCUUAUUAUUAUUUAUUUUAUUAUGCCAUCAUUAUUUGAACAAUAUAAUAUUGUAUUACGAAUUUGCAUUUUGUUAAUUUAUUUGUCGAGAUUAAACUAAUUUUUAAGUAUCAAA